UGCUAUUUGUCUGGGUGGAGCUUGUCGCAACACUGUUUAUCCACCUUUGCCAGGAGCCCAAAUCCCCUUGGUGUACAGUGGAUACGGAGCCAGCUGUGAGCUCAGAGGUCGCCGUGCUGCCUGCUCCAGACCCUCGCUCCACCUCACCUCUGCACCCUGCCGCCCAGUGCUCGGCUCCCAGAGGAAGCCACAGUCAGCCGAGGCCACCGACCCACCACUGGAGCCAUGGUCCAUGGGUACAAAGGAGUCAAGUUCCAGAACUGGGCUAGGACCUAUGGCUGUUGCCCAGAAAUAUACUAUCAGCCCACAUCCGUGGAGGAGGUCAGAGAGGUGCUGGCCCUGGCCAGGCAGCAGAACAAGCGGGUGAAGGUGGUGGGCGGUGGCCACUCGCCCUCCGACAUCGCCUGCACCGAUGGCUUCAUGAUCCACAUGGGCAAGAUGAACCGUGUUCUCCAGGUGGACACAGAGAAGAAGCAGGUGACUGUGGAGGCUGGCAUCCUCCUGGCUGACCUGCACCCACAGCUGGGCAAGCACGGCCUGGCCUUGUCCAACCUGGGCGCUGUGUCAGACGUGACUGCAGGGGGUGUCAUCGGGUCCGGAACGCACAACACAGGGAUCAAACACGGCAUCCUGGCCACCCAGGUGGUGGCGCUGACCCUGCUGACGGCCGACGGGACCAUUCUUGAGUGCUCCGAGUCCAGCAACGCAGAGGUGUUCCAGGCGGCGCGGGUGCACCUGGGCUGCCUGGGAGUGAUCCUCACCAUCACCCUGCAGUGUGUGCCCCAGUUUCACUUGCAGGAGAUCUCCUUCCCCUCAACCCUGGAAGAGGUUCUUAACAACUUGGACAGCCACCUGAAGAAAUCUGAGUAUUUUCGCUUCCUGUGGUUCCCGCACAGUGAGAACGUCAGCAUCAUCUACCAGGACCACACCAACAAGCCCCCCUCCUCUUCUGCCACCUGGUUUUGGGACUAUGCCAUUGGAUUCUAUUUACUGGAGUUCCUGCUCUGGGUCAGCUCCUUCCUGCCGGGCCUCGUGGGCUGGAUCAAUCGCUGCUUCUUCUGGCUCCUAUUCACCAGGAAGAAGGAGAGCAGCAACCUCAGCUACAAGAUCUUCAGCUAUGAGUGCCGCUUCAAGCAGCACGUCCAGGACUGGGCCAUCCCCAGAGAGAAGACCAAGGAGGCCUUGCUGGAACUGAAGGCCAUGCUGGAGGCCCACCCCAAGAUGGUGGCCCACUACCCCGUGGAGGUCCGCUUCACCCGCGGGGAUGACAUCCUGCUAAGCCCCUGCUUCCAGAGGGACAGUUGCUACAUGAACAUCAUCAUGUACAGGCCCUAUGGCAAGGACGUGCCCCGGCUGGACUACUGGCUGACCUACGAGACCAUCAUGAAGAAGGUCGGGGGCAGGCCCCACUGGGCCAAGGCCCACAACUGCACCCGGAAGGACUUCGAGAAAAUGUACCCAGCCUUUUCGAAGUUCUGUGCCAUCCGAGAGAAGCUGGACCCCACCGGGAUGUUCCUGAAUGCGUAUCUGGAGAAGGUGUUCUACUGAAGCAGAGAUGAGCCCACCCCAUCUCAUCCCUCAGGCCCCCCUCCAGUGACACUGAAGGCGCAACGUCCCACGGGCCUGGAGGGGGCAGACCUCUCUCUGCGUGCCCUCUGCUGCCGCCCCCAAAGCAGCACCAACCCCCAGCCAUGAGCCUGGAUCUGUGCAGGGCUCCCUGCUUUCCUAAUUUCUGUAUCCUCACAACAACCCCACGCAAAGAGUGCCCAAGUCUCCAUGGACAUCAUUUACAUGCGGCAGUCCCUUUUCCUGAACCUACAAUCACCACGUUCUGUUUUCCCAGAAAAUAGAGAAACCCCAAAAUGUUACAUUUGUUUAAGAGGUUUGGGACUCGGUCAUUCACAGGUUCCGCCUUCGAGCUAGGGGUCUGUGACUCCCGGGCCCGUAAUAACGUGUUUGGGCACAGUUGUCGUGUGUACUGUGCUCUGCUUCCUUACACCCUUGAGGGUUUCUCAAAUGCUUUGGGGCUGCCCUCUUCCAAUUUCUGUCUGUCCACCUGACAUCCAUCACCUGACCUUCAAGCAUGUCUGUUUCAGGGGCUAUGUGGGAAGUGGGCCUACUCCUUGCCGCCUUUUAAAUAAAGACCAAGAAUUACUCACUCUCUGCCCCUCACCUCUUAAUCUCCAUGUUAUGGGAACAGGAGCCUCACUCGUUUCCUGGCUUCCCUCCAGAGGUAGUGGUCUUGCGCCUGCCUGGAAAAUGUUCUUCAUAUCCUUUUGCAAAUUAAGUUUCAAUUGGCCUCUGACCUAUCACCCUUUGUGGCCAUUCUUUUGUGAGUAUUCACUGAACAUCUACGAGGGUGUCAAGUGCUUUGGGGAAUUGACAGCACAGUAAGGCAGGUUCCUGGCCUCAAGAAAUUGAUAUUCUAAUCUCGCAGUUCAACAACAAAAUGUUCAAAUGGGCCAAGGACUUGAGUAAAC